UGUUAUCCUGUCACCCCGUGCUUUUUUGAGUUUCUUUUCGUAAAAUGCUAUUAAAUGAUUAAACAUUCAAAUGAAAAAAAAAGAAAUAUGGGAAUUUUCAAUAAACUAGCAGAAAUUCUCAAGCUGAAGAAAGAGCAAAUGACUAUUUUGGUGGUAGGACUAAAUAACAGCGGAAAGUCAACUAUAAUUAAUAAUUUUAGGACACCAGUCGAACGUACAUCUGUAACAGUUCCAACUGUUGGAUUUGCGGUAGAACAAUUUCAAAACCAAGGUAUUGGCUUCACAGCAAUUGAUAUGUCAGGUGCCAGUAGAUAUAGAAAUUUAUGGGAAUACCACUUUAAAACCUGUCAAGGAAUUGUAUACGUCAUUGAUUCUAGUGAUCGAAUGAGACUAGUUGUUGUUAAGGAUGAGCUCGAACUUUUGUUACAACAUCCAGAUUUGGAAAAUCGUCGCGUUCCCAUAUUGUUUUAUGGGAACAAAAUGGACUGUGCGGAUGCUCUUUCAAGUGUUAAAAUUGCAGCUGCUCUAGGACUAGAAAAUAUUGAAGACAAACCAUGGCACAUAAGUUCAAGCAAUGCAUUAACUGGUGAAGGCCUGGAAGAAGGUGUGCAAUGGCUAGUUGAACAAAUACGAAUGACUGUUUCCGAAUCAAAAGAUCACAAAAAGAGAAAAACAUCAAUAAAAUAGAUGAUAAGUCAAUAAGUCAUAUUAAGCUUAGCAAUGUCAAAAAUAUGCUGCAGACAUUUUGAUUUACUUCCCAUGCUCCUACCCAUUUAAACUUUUAGCAAUAAGAAUUACAUAAUGUUUGUGGGAUUAA